UUCUUGAACUGAAACUGACUGGAUUUUGUUUCAUUUGCUGUUUUUACGCGGACAUUUACCAUGACAUAGACAAGAACUAUAAACAUGUCGUCUCAGGGAAUGUGGAAGAUUUGUCAGAACGGAUUUACUUUCCUGUCUGUGUUUUAAUGAUGAGAUUGGACGCGCCGGAUCCGUUAGCCAGCCUGUGUUGUUGCUAUGUAACAUUAGCGGUAGCAUUAUAUGCUAAGAUAUUUCUUUAGUAUUUAUAACCUGUUGUCUCAGUGGCUUUGAAAACCAUCUGUUAUGUUUGUUUUGUUUUUAAAUUGUUUAUAAAUUGAGAAGACAGGCAAAUUGACUAAGUCGCGUUUUAGUAAUACGUCAGCUCAUAAAUAACGCCCGCAUAUGUAUAAAUGUCUAAGAUAGGUUUUCUAACAUAAUUUACUGAAUGUGUUUUUACAGUUGUUAUAUUUUAACUACAUAGAUAAAUAACUAAGUUAAGAAAUAGGAAAACCGUCAUGUGUCCUGUGAAGUUAUUAGGGGGACAGAAGAUCUAGCCCAAGUCCCCAUUAAAAGUCAGUCUGGCUUUUAAACUGUCUUAAAGACCUGUUGGUCAUAUAGACAGAUUUGUAGCUUAAAGCUGUAAAUUUGGUUUGUAUUAGUAUUAACAUUUUAUAGAAUCAAUAAUUCAUAGUAGUUUCUCGGUUGGCUGGCUACAGGCUUCAUGUACUUGUGCUGAACAGGGAGGUGGCUGUAUGGCUUAGGCUGUUUUUGCCAGAAGGACUUCAGUUUAGUUUAUUAUCAUAAUAGUUCAAAAUGGUUAAUGCAAAAAAAGUAAAAAUGUAAGGCAAAUGCUGAUCACUUUUAUCUUUCCAUAUGGCGUUGUGGAAAUGUUACAGAAAUAAGUAAAAACAUUGGCUGCAAACAUUGCAAAGUAUUGUGUAUAUAUGAACUUAUUUAGCUAGGUGCUUCAUAUUGGGUCAUCCAGACCAAACCUUUUAAAAAAACCUGUCCUUAUCAGCAACCUAAAAGCAAACAUGGGAGAAGCCAGCCUGAACAACUCCAAUGUGAAGGUUGCAGUUCGGGUCCGGCCUAUGAACCGGAGAGAAAAGGACCUUAACACUAAAUGUGUAAUUGAAAUGGAGGGAAACCAAACCGUCCUGCAUCCAGCAAGUGGAAACCUAGGAAAAACUGAUGCAAGGAGUCAGCCCAAGACCUUUGCAUACGACUAUUGUUUUUGGUCCAUGGAUGAAUCGGAAAAGGAAAAAUAUGCAGGUCAGGAUGUCGUGUUCCAGUGCCUUGGUGAGAGUCUUUUGCACAAUGCCUUCCAGGGUUACAAUGCCUGCAUCUUUGCAUAUGGCCAGACUGGUUCGGGGAAGUCCUACACCAUGAUGGGUUCGGCAGACCAGCCCGGUCUAAUUCCACGGCUGUGUAGCUCUCUGUUUGAGCGCACUCUACAACACCAGAGAAAAGAGGAGAGCUUCACAGUGGAGGUCUCCUACAUGGAGAUCUACAACGAGAAAGUUCGAGACCUUCUGGACCCCAAAGGAAGUCGACAGGCUCUAAGAGUACGAGAACACAAGGUCCUGGGGCCGUACGUCGAUGGGCUAUCACGGCUCGCUGUGGCUAGCUACAAGGACAUUGAGUCAUUAAUGUCAGAAGGAAAUAAAUCUCGCACUGUGGCGGCCACCAACAUGAACGAGGAAAGUAGUCGCUCCCAUGCCGUCUUCAACAUCAUCCUGACUCACACACUCAGAGACCUACAGUCUGGGACUAGUGGGGAGAAAGUAAGUAAGCUGAGUUUGGUGGAUCUGGCUGGAAGUGAGAGAGCUGCUAAGACUGGUGCAGCGGGUGAGAGGCUGAAGGAAGGCAGCAACAUUAACAAAUCUCUAACCACACUGGGGCUGGUGAUUUCUGCGCUGGCUGACCAAGGUGCAGGAAAGAACAAGAGCAAGUUUGUGCCCUACAGAGACUCUGUGCUCACAUGGCUGCUCAAGGACAGCUUAGGGGGUAACAGUCGGACUGCCAUGGUGGCCACAGUGAGUCCAGCUGCUGAUAACUACGAUGAGACUCUAUCCACACUACGCUAUGCAGACCGGGCCAAAAGCAUCGUCAACCAUGCUGUUGUUAACGAAGACCCCAAUGCCAGAAUCAUCCGAGAGCUGAGGGAGGAGGUGGAGAAGCUUCGAGAUCAGCUCACACAGGCAGAGUCUAUGAAAGCUCCAGAGCUGAAGGAGAGGCUGGAGGAGUCCGAGAAGUUGAUCCAGGAGAUGACCGUCACCUGGGAGGAGAAGUUAAGGAAGACAGAGGAGAUUGCACAGGAAAGACAAAAGCAGCUGGAGAGUCUAGGAAUUUCUCUUCAGUCAUCAGGGAUUCGUGUGGGAGAGGACAAAUGUUUCCUGGUGAACCUCAACGCUGACCCUGCCCUUAAUGAACUGCUGGUCUACUACUUAAAGGAGCACACCAAGGUAGGCUCAGCAGACUCACAGGACAUUCAGCUGUGUGGAAUGGGAAUCCAGGCAGAGCACUGUGUGAUCGACAUCACUCCAGAGGGGGCAGUCUUUCUCAACCCAUAUAGAAACUCCAGGACGUGUGUGAACGGCUCUCCAGUCACCAGCCAGCAGCAGCUUCACCAUGGAGAUCGCAUACUGUGGGGUAACAACCACUUUUUCAGGAUUAACCUACCAAAAAAGCGUGCCAAGCCCGUGGCUGAGGAUGAGGAGGGGGAGGGUGUGAAUAUGAAGAACAGUAACAGCAGUGAGCAGUUGGAUGCAGAUGGAGACACAGCUAGUGAAGUUUCCAGUGAAGUCAGCUUUAGCUAUGAAUUUGCGCAGACCGAAGUCAUGAUGAAGGCACUGGGGAGCAAUGAUCCCAUGCAAGCUGUGCUGCAGAGUCUGGAGCGGCAGCAUGAAGAGGAGAAGCGUACUGCUCUAGAGCGACAGCGGCUGAUGUACGAGCAGGAGCUGCAGCAGCUACGCAAACGCCUGACUCCUGAUAGGCAAAGCAUGCAGAGUCAGCAGCACUACCGCAGCAUGGAGAGACUCAGCCUCGGUGGAGUGUCGUCCUCCGCACCCAGCGCCCACAAUCGUCUGCGCCAGUGGAGCGAGGAGAGGGAAGCUGUGCUGACCAGAAGUUUGCGGAAACUCCGGGAACAGAUUGUAAAGGCCAAUCUGCUGGUGCAGGAGGCAAGCUUCAUUGCUGAGGAGCUGGACAAGAAAACGGAGUACAGAGUUACUCUGCAGAUUCCUGCUGCUAACCUCAAUGCCAACAGGAAGCGUGAUGCCGUGCUGAGUGAACCUGCGAUACAGGUGAGACGAAAGGGCAAAGGCAAGCAGAUCUGGGCACUGGAGAAGAUGGAAAAUAGACUGGUAGACAUGAGGGAGCUCUAUCAGGAAUGGAAGGACUAUGAUGAGGAUAACCCAGUGAUGUGCUCAUACUUUAAGAGGGCGGAUCCUUUCUUUGAUGAGCAAGUCAACCACAGUCUGAUUGGAGUGGCUAAUGUCUUCCUCUCCUGUCUGUUCUAUGAUGUAAAACUGCAGUAUGCUGUGCCCAUUAUCAAUCAGAAAGGCGAGGUGGCAGGACGGCUGCAUGUGGAGGUUGUGCGUGUUUCUGGAGGAUUUGAGGACGGCAUGGCUGGAGGAGAUGACAAUGACAGCAGCCCUGAGGGGGAUAUGCAUGAGCGCAAACUUGUCUGUAUGAUUAAGAUCCUGCAGGCUACUGGACUUCCCCAGUAUCUGUCAAAUUUUGUCUUCUGCCAGUACUCUUUCUGGGACCAGGCUGAACCCAUCAUUGUGGCUCCAGAGGUGGACCCAUCUGCCUCCUCUCCAAGCAGCAAGGAUCCUCACUGUAUGGUGGUGUUUGACAGCUGUAAGGAGUUGCCAGUUGCUGUAAGCGAGGAUUUCAUCGAGUAUUUAACUGACGGUGCGCUGGCUAUUGAAGUGUACGGCCACAGACAAGCUGAUCCAGGCAGGAACCCUGCCCUGUGGGACCUCAGUAUUAUUCAGGCCAAGACUCGCACGCUGCGCGACAGGUGGAGCGAGGUGACACGAAAACUAGAGUUGUGGGUGCAGAUUCUGGAGCUAAAUGAAAAUGGAGAGUACAUGCCUGUGGAGGUGGUGCCAGCGGGAGAUGUUCGCACAGGAGGCAUCUUUCAGCUAAGACAGGGUCAGUCUCGGCGAGUGCAGGUGGACGUACGUUCAGUGCAAGACUCCGGCACUAUGCCACUAAUAGCUGAGAUCAUUUUAGGAGUGUCCAUCGGCUGCGUGGAGAUCAGACAGUCUCGUCCAGCUAAAGGCAACGACAUGCAGCAGCUGGAAGGGGAUGAAAUGGACAGUUAUCAGGAACGAGACCUGGAGCGUCUGCGGCACCAGUGGCUGUCUGCUCUUACUAAAAGGCAGCAAUACUUGGACGAGCAUCUCCAGAGCCUGGUCUGCAAAACGGAUAAAUCAGAGGAUGACAUGGAGCGAGAAGCUCAGCUGCUCGAGUGCCGCCUGACUCUUACUGAGGAGAGAAAUGCAGUGAUGGUGCCCUCUGCUGGCAGUGGAAUACCAGGAGCUCCUGCAGAGUGGGUACCUGUUCCUGGGAUGGAAACUCACAUUCCCGUCCUCUUUCUCGACCUGAGUGCCGAUGAUUUUAGCUCCCAAGAGACACAGUCUUUGGAGACUCCAGAAGCUGGAGGCUGGGAUGCCACACUAAGCGGAGAGGAUGAGGACGACUUCUUUGACCUGCAGAUUGUUAAACACUAUGAUGGCGAGGUGAAGGCAGAGGCCUCCUGGGACUCUACAGUUCAUGAUUGUCCACAGCUGAGUCGAGGAGGCGCACCAGACCAGAGGGUUUACCUGACUAUACGGACUGUGGUGCAGCUCAGCCACCCAGCAGAGAUGCAGCUCGUCCUGCGUAAGCGCAUCUGUGUCAAUCUCGCUGGCCGACAGGGUUUUGCCCAGAACUUUCUUAGAAGAAUGUCCACUCGUAGCACUGUCCCUGGCUGUGGAGUGACCUUUGAGGUUGUGUCCAAUAUCCCAGGGGAUGGUCAGAGCUCAGAGGACAGAGAGAUGCUGGCCUGCAUGGCUGCCAGUACAGAAAACCCCAAGUCAUCAGACAACGAGGCAGUCAUAGAGAAAUAUCUACGCAGUGUCCUGGCAGUGGAGAACAUAUUAACUCUGGACCGUCUGAGACAGGAGGUGGCAGUAAAGGAGCACUUGGCAGGCAAAGGAAAAGGAAACAGACGGAGCCUCAGCUCCCCCAGUGUGCACAGAUUAUCUGGGAGCAGACAAGAUCUUUCUUUAAACUCAAACCUGCAGGACAAGGAUCGAUGGGAAAGUCAGCAGGAUUUCUUCCUGAGCAAUCCUCAGUUCAGCCGCUCACUGCCACGCCCUACCAGAGAGCCUACACCACCACCACAGAGCCAGAACCAAAUCGAGACCCAGACCCAGGAUCCAGAGCAAGGCCUUUCAGGGCUUGCUGCUUCUUAUCUUUCCCCAGUCAGAGCCCUCGUCCCCCAGAUGCCCAAGCUGCUCAAGUCGCUUUUCCCCGCUCGCGAUGACAAAAAGGAGCUGCGUCCCUCUCCACAGUCUCAGCAUAUGCCUCGUAUCAUGAUGCAGACAAGCAACUCGCCUGAUGAACGCAGAGUUCGAGUAGAACCAGUGCAAGUAAUGGGGAGAAGUCCUGGCUCUGACAAACCCUCAGACAACCCUGAUGCCCCUAACUCAUUAAUGCAUGAUUCUCAUGACCUGCCCCUCAGCCCUAUCAGUGAAGCGUCCAGUGGUUAUUUCUCCACCAGCAUCUCUACUGCAACCCUGUCUGAUGUCUCUGCUGCCUGUGCAGACCUCACACAGAGCCCCAAUACCCAAGGAGCACCAGAGACUUCCAGACGGGGGGAGGAUGUGUCCCAGGAUGCUCUAGUCUCACCUGCUAGCAUCUCUAAUACUGCUACACAAGCUGGCCUGCUUAAGAAGGAAGAACAUCAGCAGAACGUAAACUCAAAAGACCUACAGCUUGCUUCCAAGAAUGGAGUUUCUUCUUCUCACUCUGAAACUAAACUGGUAACUGUCCCCACAAUAGUACCUAAAGCUGCUACAGAUUACCCUUUCUCCCUGCAGAAAGUCAAACCCUCAAACCUUAAGUCCUUUAACCCCAUUCAGACUGAGAAUGAAAAGGAUAAAGAAGAAAAAAGCAAACUCAUCACCUCUGACAAGGAUGUCAGCAGAAACACUGACCUCCCUUACUGGCUCAAAGUAGGGGAGAGCGUCAUGGUGGCCAACAAUAAAUGUGGGACGGUUCGCUAUGUUGGGAACACAGACUUCUCAGAUGGCAUCUGGGUUGGGGUGGAGCUGGAUACUCCAUCAGGGAAAAACGAUGGGUCAGUACGAGGCCGUCAGUAUUUUCGUUGUGAUCCUGGGUUUGGUGUGCUGGUACGGCCAGACCGAGUAAGUCCAUGUGAGGUGUCCAGACGCAAUGUGGAGAAUCGGCGCAUCGAAGAGUCCUCACCUCCUGUCCCCCGGAUCAAAGGAGUUUCUGGCUCAGGCAAUCAGAAAACAGAGAACCGCAAGUCCUGGGACAGCUAAACAGCACCGCUCAGUUCAAGUAUGGAAGAUGAGCAGAGACUCACCCCUGCUGCACCCAGAGACUGCUGACAAUUCGAUCCUGGUGCUCAGUUCGGCACAGAGGUAACACAACGUUCCCUCAUUCUCACCUCUAAUGGAUCUACACCAGCUUAGCUGCUCACUUUGAGUGUAGCACCUUAACACUGUAUAAACUGUGGGAGUGCAAUGGGUCACCUCGAGACCUUAAACUAAAACUCUAGGAAAAUAAGGCUUGCUCUUUUUGAGCUCAGAUACUUAUUAUUCUUCUGCCCUGAUUUGAUCAAGUCCUUUUGUUGACUUUCUGUGAUUAUGCAUGCUUGGUCUUUCCUGUUUAGUCAAAAAUGUGUGCUGACAUUCCAGACGGUGCCUUUGUGGAUCAGGUUUUAUUUCUUGUGGUUUAAAGCCAUCCUCUUCUAUAAAUCUUUCCUACUUUCCUAACACUAGUGAUAAAGCCUUUUUUCAGAGCAAAGUCAUCUCAGGAAUUGGUCAGAGAUGUUUGCUUAGGUGGAUUUAAGAAGGUUUUGCAUCCUAAGCUGCCACACAAGGCUGCAUGCACAUAUUACGAAAUGUAUUGGUUUUCUAUGUGAAGGCAAGGUAGGUUAAGUCAUUUAAAACUGGGAACCUUGGACGCUCGAAUGGCGCAGCGGUCUAAUGCACUAGCACACCGCUGCAGAGUCGAACUCACGAGUUUGAAUCUCAGUAGAGCCAUCGACCUCAACGCAACACCAUCCACUCAAACACCUUUGUUUAAAGUAGGAAAGGUCGGAAAGGGUCUCAUCCCUCUGUGGGUUUUAUUUUAAAUCUCUGCGCAAGUGUGUGCGGGGGAUCACAUGGAGCUUAGCGUGGCUCUCCAUACGCAAUACUGCUCUAUGUGUGGGACCAACACUGUUAAGUGAUAGAAGCAUUCACAGAUUGGACGUGUUGGGAGGAGGACAGUGAGAUAGGGGUGAUCAGACUCCCAUUGAUUAGAUCAGUGGUUGAUUCGUGAUCAGGAAUUGGACUAGAUUGGGAGAUAAAUGGGGAAAACCCAGAAAAAACCUGAAAAUGGAAAAAAAGAUGGAUUGGGAGCAGUGAUUGUAGCUAAUAGGUAUAGAGCCACUGGGCACCUUGGGGUGCUGGAUUGCCGUAGCACCUGAGCGCCUUUCUGACCACCUUUUUGUUUUUAUUUUUUAACCAUGGUCUUUCAGAAAUACAAAAUUGCAAUUUAUAUAGAACCCUUUUGGCAUCAUGUAGUGUGAGGAGCAGCCAAUGAGAGCACCAGAAAAAACACAAAUACUAAAUACUUAGGUGUCCCAAAUAGUACCUUGCCUUAACAGUCUUCACUUUUAACAGCAGUCUAUUAUUGACUUUUAUUUUCAUCCUAACAUACAAAUACAUUUUUAUUUAUUUUUGAAAGAUUUAGCAUUUUAAAUCUGGUGUUUUGUGUCAGCGCUGAAAUCUCUUGUGGUGUGAGCUCCGUACAGUGAUUACGUAGUGCUUGCUAUCAUGCAUUCAUUAGAAAACUAAUCCCGAACAUAUUGUUUGAGUUUUUGCAUGAGGUGUAGUGUGCACUAGGCACAUAUUUAACUGGGCUGUCCUGCAGAUGUUGCACUGAGUCUCCCUGAUUGCCUCUGAAUCCGAAAGAAGUCCGAUAUGAGGUGUUGCACUGACAUCCGUGUAUGUUGGGGGUGCCAAUUAAAUAUGUUCUAGGGUCUAACAUUUAUUGAUUUAAUGCAACUAACAGCUUAUAGAAUUUAUGGUAUUAACAGAUAUUGAGUAUACGUAAGUAAAUGAAAACUGAAAAGCUACAAAAGUGGGAACAUUGACACUAUGGAAGUGGAUGUACUAACUCCUGGCUGUUUGUUUGCAUGAUGAAACUUAAGUUGAAUGAAAGUCAUUCCAUAAAAAGUAUUGAGCAUUUUGCUUCAUUAAUCAACCAUGCACACAGCUGUGAAUACAUACCUUUGAUUUGCUACUGUUUUUGCACACAGGAACGAUGGGUUAUACCAUUGCUUUUUUGUCUUAAAGUCAUAAUGUGAUUUCCUAAAUAGAUAUUGAAUUAUUAAAAUGAUUUCAACAAUUAUAUGUAUCUAUAUUGGUUUUAGAAUUUAAGGUUCCCUUGAAUUAAAAUGGUUAUUGCACCUUUUAUGUGGAUAUGUACUCACCUAGUGGGUGUUUUUUUUUAUUUAUAUAGUGACUUAAUCUAACCAUGUAGGUCUGCAUUUAUAGGACUUGGUGCUGAAAUUGAAAGCCAUUACAUUUCAUUAAUAAGAGGAGCAGUGAAGCGGUUAAAUUCCACGAAGUAUUAUUUAUUAAUGUGAUUAUUCUUUAGAAAAAAACAUGUGUAGGUAGCAAAUACUGCGCCUAGGCUCCUAGUAAUCUUUCUAUCUGUAUUGCAUCUGCCUUGUGCAUCAAAACAUUUCAGAAUAUAGACAAGAAGCACCACAAGAAGCACCACAAGAAGCUGCUCUGAUCAUAUUGAAGUGCAGUUAUGUGAUUAACAUUUUUAAUUCUGUGUCUUACUCAUGGCUCUUGUGUUAAACAUGUAACAGAAAGCAAUUAUAGAAUGUCAGUGAUUUUUUUGUUUGCAAUGCUGCCAACCUUUAACUGUUACUAUGACCAUAAGUCCUACAGAUCUAACAGUGUUUCUCAGUCCUGGUCCCAGAGUUUUUUCCCCACUUUUUCCACAAAUUCUGCACCUAGUUUAAUUAAACAUCACUGAUUUCUCCAUCCAGAAACAACUUGUCUGAGCCCAAUUACGAGAGGUGCUCUUAGUUGACUUCUAAACCAACACUAUCACAGUUCAAGUACACAAGAACACAACCCAAUAAGGCAUUAUGGGUUGACAGCAUGUCUGUUUUUGACAUCGACUGACAUUUGGGGUCGAAGAAUAAGUUAACACACCCUGACAUACCCAUACAUUUGCUGCUUAAGUUUGACAUUCUGGUCCCUGAUUAAUAAACAAAAAAAUAAAACACUGGGUACAUAUUUAAUACAUUGUACAUAUUUAAUGCAUUUUUAAAAAUUGUCAGUAGUUCAUUAUUUAUCAUUUGCUUGUUGCAUUAUUUUCUUUAGACACUCAGUGUUAAUCCAUUCAUUAUUAUUUACAUAACCUGUGCAUUGUGAAACCUAAAUGUACUAAAUAGAAAAAUAGUAUACAUUUUAUUCAAAAUUGGACCAGAAUCGAGAAACACCUGAUCCUUGAUGGUAAUGUCUUUUUAAAUGAAGGAAGUCCCUUUACAGCCAUACUUUUACUGACCAGCGUGGGUAUCACCAGGGCAACGUACCGAGUUUACUAGAUUUUAAAGUGCAAUUUAUCAUAGAUUUAUGGCCAUUACUCAGUAACUAUGGUUCUCAAGUUUGGUUUUGCUCUGCAAUUGUUUAGUUGUAUGUUUUAGUGCUACUAAUAAUACUCAUCAUAUUUGUAACAUUUUAAGGUCUUAUAAAACCCAGAGCAAUAUUAAAGCAAUUACAAAGUGGCCUUUCAGCUCUGUUGCAGCUGCCGAGCCCAUAUCAUCACAGCUAAAAAUGUUCUUCUCUUGUUUGUGUUUCCGCCCCUGAUGUUGGGUUCUGCAGGCCAGGUUUACUCUCUUCAGAAACCUGCUGAAUUUCUUAUUCUUCAUUGAAUUAUUACUGGUUUGAAGUGCAGUUCCCUGUCUAGUGCUUUCGGUUUCGGACACUUGUAUGUGCCUCUUCGUAGAGUUUCAGUGAUUUACAGUUCAGAAUCAUCGUCUGAUUUGUUGAUAUUGUUUGUGUGUAUAUUGCAGAGUAUGUUUGUGUGUUUGUACAUAGAUGCAUUCUGAGACUCCAAUCUGAGCACAACGUUGUGAUUAAUUUAAUUAUUUGCAAUUCUAUGCUGAUAUCCAAAGAGUAAUCAUGUAUAAUAAUUCAUUUAUAACUUCUUUUAUAUAAACUGUACAGUAAUCUCCCUGUAAAGCAGAAAUAAAAAGUGAACUGAUUUAUCUUAUA